AUUUUGCUGUAGAAUGUAAAAAUAUCACUUCAUGUAGGUAAAUAUUUUAUGCUCCCAAGAACUGAGUACACGGUAGAAACAUGGCGGGAAGGCCCAAGAGCCGAGGGAGCCCGGUCCCCCCAGGUGUCAUGGCAUCGCCUUUCAAGGGUCACCUUGUCCUGAAAAGCAGUCCCUUUGCUCCUUCAACCAACAAGAUCACAGAGCAGUACAUGAUCCAGGACCAUCUGAGUGUUCACUACAAGAAACUGUCUACUGCCAAACCUGCCAUUGACAAUAGAGUACCUGCCUCCAUGGUGAAAAGUGUCAAAUAUCGGGACCAGCAAAGGCGCCUGAUGCUGGAGAAGGAGAUGAAGAAGUUCCAGAAGGAGCUGAAGUCUGCCCGCAGUGCCUCCAGGAUGAGCUCACGACCCAACACACCCAUGAAGGCCCAGCACCCAGAACAGGAUCUGUCUGCAAGUGAUCUUGACCUUCUGGAAAAUAUCCUGGAGGACAAGCAUCGUUCUCCCAGCCACUACCGCAACCCCAACAUCGUCCCGUCUAACAUUCCUCCCCAGCCUCGGCCCAGGAGACCUCGGUCUGCACAGCCUCGGUACCCUGAUGACCUGGAGACAUCCACAGCCAUUGCCCAGGAGGUGGCCUCCCCACCCCCCGCCCGACCCAGGUCGGCUUACAGCGUCAGGAGUGCACGGAGUCGUACAAGCAGCGUCCCCAUGGCCACGCAGAGAACAAACAUGGACCAAUCAAAAGUCAUCCAGCUGCCCCGCAACACGCCGGACGGCGACAUCCUGAACACGCGAGCACACAAGUUCCGCAGUCCGGACAAACCGUUCACCCCCAGGACCCUGAACCGGACAGGAGUCCAGUCUCGGCUGUCUCAGUCCAAGUGCUACAACCCACCUCGCAGGAAAAAGGCUCCAAAACCUGCAGAUAAUGAUGGGUGA